AAAAAAAAUAAGAAAAGCAAAGAGAUGGGAUUGAUCACUGGUGAACCUACCAAAUCAGGUUGGACCCUUCUGACAGCUCGACCGGGGUAGCGGUGCUUGUUGAUAUUGCUAUGUCUAUUUUCUUGGGUUGCGGGCCCAAGAGCAUAAAAGCAGCCUCCCGCCCUGACUUUCUGGAAUUGGGUCAACACUAAAGUCAUCGAAACAAAGAAACAAGCUUUUUUCCCCUUCAGCCUCGACAGUCCAAAGAAACGCCAUGUCUGAGUUCCUGAACUUUGACCCUCGCCCAACCCCGUCGCACAGUGUGGUUCACAGGACUCGCAUGUUCGAAACCAGGGCUGGGUUACCGCGCGUUGUGAAUGUGAAUGCUUUACCGAUGCCUGGUGUGCGCUGCCCGAGCUGUCAUUCCCAUGGCAGGGAGGUAUGGGUAAUUCCAGGGAAGAACUGCCAUGAAUGUGGAACAAUGUGUUGAACAUUGUUUGGUGAUAAUCAUGAUGUUCGGGAUCAUAAUGAGCAUUGUCUCACCCUUCAACCACUUGGGUAUUGGCCCUUCGGCAAGGUCCAACACAGGAUGCUAGAUCGCAUACCUUCUUAUGGCGGCAGAAUCGCCCAUUCAUCAGAGAAAAAUCAGGCAGCAAGAGAAACAGGAGAGCUCCGCUGCCCAAGAUCACGGCAUAUGUCGACUAGGGACCAUGUAAUAGUGAAACAUUAAAGAAUAUAAUCAUCAUCUCAAGCAGGA